CGCUUUCUUCAGCAACCACCACCUCCGCCGCCCACACCCCCGGCCGCCGGCGACGACCUCGACGACCUCACCACAGCCAUGGACGGCUCCGAGCGGACGCCCACGCCGGACGCCUCGGCGCGAGAACGACUGCCCAACCUGUUCGAGGUCCUGUCGCGGAGGACACUGGCGCCGGUCGACCUAUUCUCCUUCUACAUUUACAUGCGCGACGUGCAGCGCUCCGUCGAUUAUCUCGAUUUCUGGCUCGAUGUCUCUCAACACAUGUCCCUCUGCCGUCACUACGUUCGCGAAUUGAGAAGAUCCGUUCUCGUGUCGACCCCCGAACUCGACAAGUCCGGCAGUAAACGAUCGUCGCAGAUUCUUGACAACUACAAUGGCCUCGAGCGCACGUCAACCGAGCCAGGGCCCAGUGGUGCCUUCAACGACAAAUCGAAAGAGCGGCAGACACCUGAUCAGCGACUUAGCGCGUUCCUGAGAGCAGAGAAUGGCACAGGUCACAGCCCGCAGAACAGCACAGGCAGCCACAACAACUCGGACUCAGGCCUCGAGCAACCGCGACCGAGUUACAUGACCGGCCAGGACGGGUCACCUUCGUCAGGGAACAUCAACAGCAACAACAGCCCGCAGCACACGGUCGCGCGAGCAGACAUUCGAGCGUCGGCGGAGAAGAUCCUGUACACAUUCUUGCUCCCGGGAGCAGAGCGCGAGAUCAUCCUUCCUCAAGGCACUCUCAACGACAUCACACACGCCAUCGAGAACGAAGGCCGAGACGAUCCCGAAGUCUUUGACGCAGCUAAGGACUACGUCUUCCAGGCAAUGGAGCGCGACGCCUUCCCUGGCUUUCUCCGAGCGAAGGCAUUGGGCAACAUUGUGCAACCCUCGAUGAUGCUCCGCCUCAUCUGCGGCCUGGUCGCCAUCUUCGGCGCGCUCUGGACGGCUUUCGUCCUCAUUUUCCUCAACCGCGACCGCGCGACACGGUGCUGGCUCAUACUUCCCUUCACCAUCGGCAUCUACCUCCUUGCGACACAUCAGUACAUGCUGGAUCCUAUCCUUGCCCUGCUCGGCUUCAGUGAAUAUACAUUCUUCAGCUUCGCGAGGAUCAAGGAGCCCUUCGUCAAGAAGCUGCUGGGCCAGAGAGCGCUGAUGUGUUUGUUCUGGAUCACGCUCAUUGAUGUGGCGUUAUUAUGUCUCUUCAUUUUCGUCCCAGGCAAGCGCCUUUGAUUGAUCGCUUUUUUCUACUCGACAAGACCCAGAUGCAAGAGUUAUACCUUUUGAAGAAAACGGAGCGUCGGCGUUAUACGGAGUCCUUUUCCGUCCAUUCUUUGGUCCUUUUUCAUUGUGAUAUGUGGGUGGUGCGGGGUGUGGUUGGAUGGUGGAAUGCCGAAGUGUGGAUGGUUGUUGAUCAUCAUCACAUCAUCACGUCUCUUUUUAAUGGGUUUGGAUAUUUCAUUUUUGAAGUGGUGGAAGGAGAGAAGAAGAGUGAAACGGCCGGGACAGGAUUCAUGGCCUGGGAUCAAAGUAUGGUCCUUGAAGAAAUCCAAACUUCUUGCGCGAAGUGCGUGCGGUACGCUGCUGCUGCUCUCUGCUUUUUCGACAGAGUUGAAUUAGCUUAUUCGUCUGAGCUGCAACUAAGAGAUACCACUUUUUUCCUUGUUGUCAGCCACCUUCGUGGUGUCCUGUGAGGAAUAGUGAAUGCGAUUGAACUGCUUGGAAAACCUACUUUCCCAUACACAAGCGUGGACAGCAAGUGAAGGCGUAUUCUCCAGCUCCAACCCAUGGCUUAUAUACAUGUUAUUCGAAACGGAAAAUGCUCUACCUUUGGCUUCGCCACACAGUCGGCACUGACUGACGACAGGG